AUGGGUUCCACUCGCUCAGAUGAAGGCUCUGCCACACACAAGGAACGCUUACGCUGGACACAACAACUCCAUGAUCUCUUUGUGGAGGCUGUAAAUAGGCUUGGUGGCCCUGAUAGGGCAACACCAAAGGGUAUAUUGAAGGUAAUGAUGGCCACAGACAUUUCAAAUUUGAACAUUUAUCAUGUCAAAAGCCACUUGCAGAAAUACAGGAACUCCAAGUUGAUUCCAGAAUCCACCACAAGAGGAAAGAUUGAGAAGAGAGGUGUAUCACAUAUACUUCCAAAUUUCUGUUCUAUAUCUGCUCUUCAGUUAAAGGAAGUACUUCAAAUGCAAGCAGAGGUGCAUAAACGCAUGAAUGACAGAGUUGAGGUUCAGAAAAGCUUGAAGCUGAAAAUUGAAGCACAAGGAAAGUACCUAGAUAGAAUUGGACAGAGUAGUCAGAUCAAAACAAUUACAAGAAAAGCAAGCAAGUCUUUUGUCGGUAGAGCUACACCUCUGCCCUCUCUUUCCGAGGAAUCUGAAUCCUUAAAAAUACAAUCCGAGGAAGAACAUCAAACAACCAAAAAGAAAAAGGUCGCCUAUGAUGAUGACAGUAUUUUUCCUGCAGAUUAUGAACUAGGAUCAUCCCCAAUCUCAGAAUUCUGCAACCAAACUUGGAAUAUUUCUUGGAGUCAGCUGGCUGAAGCAACAUGCCAAUCACCUUUGGUGUCUAGUUUCUUAUUAUAG